UUCUUUUUCUGCGAAAAACCCUUCCAAGUUCCGAAGUAAGAAAUUCACCUGCACCUUCAAACGUUAAAAGAUGGCUUGCGUUUCUCUUCUCCGCAAAUCGGCCGCCUCGUUAGCGCCACUAGUGAGUCGAUUCUCCAGAGUCCAGCGAAAUUCAUAUUCUACUCUCUUCACGGCCCUCAGUCACUCUCCACUCUCUCACAAGUCCUCUCGAGGUCUUUUUGCUCCUGGCUUUAACUACACUACGGCCGUUAAGCGGACGAGUUCCGAUGAGCUGCUCGUCCGAGUUAUUGACUCGGAAAUCAAGUGUGCCGAGGAGAGCGAUGAUCACAAUCAGGACGAAAAGUCUCCAAGUGACUUCCCUUUUGAAAUUGAAGACAACCCGGGACAUCAAACUAUUACAUUGAUCAGGGAGUAUCAGGGGGAGCAUGUGAAAGUUGAAGUACACAUGCCUGAUCUUGUUACUGGAGAAAACGAAGAGGAUAUGACUGAUGAUGAGAAUGAGAACGCAACUCAAUCCAGCAUCCCGCUAGUUGUUACAGUCACUAAAAGGAGUGGACCAAGUCUGGAGUUUAGCUGCACUGCAUUUCCUGACAAGAUUUCAAUUGACGGGUUGGCAGUUAGACAUCCAGAGAAUUCUCCCGAGGAGCAAAUUGCAUACGAGGGUCCUGAUUUCAAUGAUUUGGAUGAGAAUUUGCAGAAGGCGUUCCAUAAAUAUUUGGAGCUUAGAGGAAUAAAGCCAAGCACAACAAAUUUCCUACAUGAGUACAUGAUCAACAAAGAUAGCCGGGAAUACCUGCUUUGGUUAAAGAACCUAAAGAAGUUUGUUGAAGCAUGAGUUUCAUUGAAAGAUUACAUUGAGCAUGUUCGCUUCAUCUUUUUUCCUUCUUACACCGACAUGUACUAGUUGCUGAGUUGGUCAAGUAUCAAAAUUCUUAUUUAUUCGGAAGUUUUUGUUUGGUUUUUGAAGCUCUAGACUAUUUAAUGCUAGAUUUUAUCUGGAGAAGAAUAUUAGAUCUUUAGGUUGCUUCACAUUAAGGGAUCUUCUAAUUACCCA